AUGGAGAGGAACACCUGUGAGGAAGAGGAAAAGGAUCGAAGUUCUUACCUGAGCAGAAAGAGGACUAUUGGACCACUUGGGCAGCUAUUUUCAACUUCAUCCCAAGCUUUUCUACAGAGUCAGAAAGUGCACAGCUUCUUUCAGUCCAUAUCACCAGACCCUCUGCACAGCCUCAAUAACUUACAGUCCUCUCUGAAGACUUCUAAAAUAUUAGAACACUUAAAGGAAGACAGCUCAGAAGCUUCAAGUCAAGAAGAAGAUGUGUUACAGCACACCAUAAUCCACAAGAAGCACACCGGGAAGAGUCCCCUGGUGAACACCAUCGGUACAAGUUGUUCUCCGUUGGAUGGGCUCACCGUGCAGUAUUCUGAACAGAAUGGAAUCGUGGACUGGAGGAAGCAGAGCUGCCCUGCUCUUCAGCACCCGGAGCACUGUGUGGCCUUAGCUGACCAGCAUUCAACUGAAAAACGAAGCUUAUCUUCAAUUAAUAAGAAGAAAGGAAAGCCACAGAUAGAAAAGGAGAAAAUUAAGAAAACUGACAACAGAUUGAAUAGUAGAAUAAAUGGUAUUAGACUCUCUGCUUCUCAGCAUGCCCAUGGAGGUUCUGUGAAAGACACAGACAGCAAUUCUGAGGAUUCUGGGAAUCCGUCAACAACCAGGUUUACGGGCUACGGUUCUGUCAACCAGACCGUCACUGUCAAGCCACCUGUUCAGAUUGCUUCAUUAGGAAGCGACAACGGAGGCCUUUUAGAAGAUCCCCUAAAUGCGCCCAAGUAUCAGCAUAUUUCUUUUAUGCCAACUUUACACUGUGUCAUGCACAACGGUGCCCAGAAGUCCGACGUCGGUGUCCCUCCACCCAAAUCAGCUGACGGCAAGACCAUAGGGAUGCUCGUUCCCAGUCCUGUUGCUAUUUCUGCAAUAAGGGAGUCCGCAAAUUCUACCCCUGUUGGAAUACUGGGGCCAGCGGCUUCUCCCGGAGAAUCCGAGAAACACCUUGAAUUACUGGCUUCCCCGUUACCUCUUCCGUCGGCGUUCCUCCCACACAGCAGCACCCCUGCUCUGCACCUGACAAUUCAGAGACUAAAGCUGCCGCCACCACAGGGGUCCUCGGAGAGCUGCCCGGUCAACGUCCCACAGCAGCCGCCCGCGAAUCUGAGCAUCGGAUCACCAAACACUGCCUUUCUCCCUGUCCACAGCCCGGGGAGCUUUCCGGGCUCUCCUGUUGCUACCACGGACCCCAUCGCCAAGUCUGCAUCCCCGGUGGUAGGACUUAAUCAAAUGGUGCCUCAACUCGAGGGAAGCACCGGGACAGUCCCUCAGCCUAGCAAUGUGAAGGUAGUCGUCCCGGCAGCCGGCCUCUCGGCCGCACAGCCACCAGCGUCCUACGCCCUGCCGGGGCCCCCCCUCGGCGCCAGCGCGCUGCCCAGCCAGAGCCCCAGCGCGCUCAGCCCGGCGGCCCAGGCCCCGGGCAGCGGGCAGGCCCAGCCGGCCAGCGCCCCCGCGGUCCCCACCCACACCCCGGGCCCCGCGCCCAGCCCGAGCCCCGCUCUCACACACAGCACCGCGCAGAGCGACAGCACGUCCUACAUCAGCGCCGUGGGGAACACGAACGCUAACGGGACAGUCCUGCCGCCGCAGCAGAUGGGCUCGGGUCCCUGCGGCUCUUGCGGGCGAAGGUGCGGCUGCGGGACCAACGGCAGCCUUCAGCUCAACAGCUACUACUAUCCUAACCCGAUGCCCGGACCAAUGUACCGAGUCCCGUCCUUCUUUACUCUGCCGUCCCUCUGCAAUGGCAGCUACCUCAACCAAGCACAUCAGAGCAACGGAAACCAACUUCCUUUCUUUCUGCCUCAGACUCCAUAUGCAAACGGACUGGUGCACGACCCCGUCCUGGGGAGCCAAGCCAACUACGGCAUGCAGCAGAUGGCAGGGUUCGGGAGGUUCUACCCCGUGUACCCGGCGCCCGGCGUGGUUGCCAGUGCGAGCGGUUCGGGGCCCAAGAAGAACGGGAACGUCUCCUGUUACAACUGUGGUGUGAGCGGGCACUACGCACAGGAGUGCAAGCAGUCGUCCAUGGAGGCCACUCAACAAGGCACUUACAGACUGAGAUACGCACCUCCCCUCCCCCCUUCUAAUGAUACGUUGGAUUCUGCAGACUGAAACACGUAAAGCUUGACUGCUUAAUACCCUGACGUGUUGCGGAGUCAUGGUGGGGUGUGGAGGGGAGGAAAGGAAAGGUAUUUCGUUUGUGUUUCUUUGUCUCUACAUUUCCUAGAUUUCUAUGCACUUGGGAAUUUUCAUUUCUGUUGUACUGAUGUCCAAAACAAAAAGAAUGCAUUGCUUUUGAGCCUCUGGUCUCCCGGUUCAACAGCAGGCUUAUCUGUAUGAUACAUGUAAUCUAAACCUCCACACUAUCGAAAGGAAAAUGUCUGCUGUGCUGUUUUUUUUUUUUUUUUACACUGAAUACUUGCUGUGUGCAAUGUUUACUGAAUCUUUAAAACUGUGUAUUUGACCUUUUUUUUUUUUUUUUUAACAACACUGGUGACAGUCAUAUGGUUUUGAAAAAGAGAAACUUUGCUUCUUCCCAGCUUUUCUCACUUUGACCCCAAAGGACACACAUCUCCCCACCACCCCCUUUCCUGUGGCCUGUAAAUCCAGGGUGAAGUGCUUCACCUUCAUCUGAGAGGAGAAAUCCAGUUCCCCAAGUCAUGUGUAUAUAUGUAAUAAACAGCAUCGCGUAAAUACAUAUAUGCAGUGCUCGUGAUCCAAAUCACAAUUCACGUUAAGUGGAAGAGAGCGGAAGAAGUAAAACCAUAUGAAACUGAAAAACAUAUGAUGUAUGAAGUGGACAAAGCUUUUUCUUAAAAAACAAAAGCGACAAAAAAAAGUUUUUACUUCGUCAUACUUUUUUAGCCUGUUGCUUCCGAGAGACACAAAGUGAACAAACGUGUGAGUGUUGUGUGUGUCUGUGUCUGUGCUGAAAGUCGACGGCCGAUCUCUCGUGCAGUCCACCACUGCGUCGUGCUAGAGACACCCACCGUAGCAGUGUUGCGUUGUGUUUGAGACGCGUGUGGUCCGCUGCAGUCCGGGCGGAAGCUCCGGCGUGUGCAGAAGUCACGUUCCUUCCCUAACCCGUCUCUCUCGUAGCAAAGUCACUUUGAUAAGUUUACCACUAUGCGUGAUGAUAAUGUGAAAGACUGGCUUCCGAGUGUGUUCAGAUGGUAGUAAUCAUGUCCGUGUCCUGUCACUAAGUUUAAUGCUGCUGUUUUAAAAAGAAAAAAAAUUGUUUUUUUUUUUUUUUUAAAAAGCCAAUCUAUGUACUAAAUUGCUUCCAGGUAAUUUUUGAUUUCCUAAAGUGCACUGAGAUUAUCUGGAAGCCUGGGUGUAUUUUUGGAACUGCUGCAUUCAACAGCAAUGAGCAACGACCGCUGUGCCGUCAGGGGGUCAGGCUCGGGCUGCUUCUGUUUUCCCCGUUCCUCAGUCCAGAGCAGAGGGGGCAGAGUCGUGUCCCGCGGGGGCACCAUCGGUGCACAGCAGAGGGACUUCGAUACUUGGUCUGGGGUCAGAGGCCUAACAGAUUGCUAGAUAAAAUGAAAAACUUGAAGAAAAAAGAAGCUUCGUGUAAUGCUUCCCGUGUAGCAUUUAUAUUUAUAGCAGCAAUGUCCAUUUUGAAACUAACUUUCAGGGUGGGAUUUCAGGGGGGAAGGGAACGGGGUGGGUGCGAAGGGGUAGAUGAAAGCUUUAAUUUAAAAAGAAAGUUGGAGUAAAGGAAAUUAUUUUGAUUAAAUAUAUUUUAUUUGAUCUGGGUAUUUUUGGACCACAUUAUUAAAUUAAUUGCUAAGCUGUCGUUGAGUUGUUCAAGUGAGAGUUUUGAUAAGCCACGUAUGGGCCGCGUCGGGAACCACUUGCCAGUUGUACUUUAUGGAGCUUAUUUUAUGAUUUAAAAUACUGUACUGUACAUAGGAGGUAUGUUACCUUCUCCUUAUUUGUAUGUUUACCAUAUACUUUGAUAUUUGAAAUGUUAUGUACUGGAAAGGCCACUUAUAUUUCUAGAACAGAUUGGAUUUUAUGCAACCCUUUUUCCUUGAAUUAACAGCAAUAAAAAAAAUGAAAAACA